UUAGUCUUCCUUUGGCACCCGUCAGUCAACCCAUUUUCGCUUUUGAAUGGACUGACCCGUUAACUGGGGAGUGAGGACAAUUAACCUGGACAAGGGUCUCCCGAGGAUUUAAGAAUGCCCCCACCCUGUUUGAUGAGGCUCUAAGCAGAGACUUUCAGGACUCUCGUGCCUCCCACCCACGGGUGACUGUCCUCCAGUAUAUAGAUGAUGUAUUAUUAGCUGCAGAUACCCAGGAAACAUGCCAGGAGGCAACAGAAGAUGUCCUUCGAGAAUUAGCCCACUUGGGCUAUCUGGUUUCUGCUAAGAAGGCACAAGUGUGUCAAACCAAAGUAACAUACUUGGGCUAUGUUAUCACCGGGGACACCAGAACGCUCUCUGAUAGCCACAUUAAGGCCAUCCUAAACAUACCCCCACCCCAGUCCAAGCAACAAAUACAGGAGUUCCUAGGAACUAUGGGGUACUGUAGGCUCUGGAUUCUGGGGUUCACAGAAAUGGCUCAUCCUCUGUAGGAAGCCACAAAGGGAGACACAACUGAGCCUCUUGAUUAAACUAAAACGUUACAACAGGCCUUUGAUAAACUGUGGAUGGCUUUAAUCUUGGCCCCGGCUCUGGCCCUGCUGGACCUAACCAAGCCCUUUCAGCUCCAUGUAGCAGAGGCCCAUGGGAUUGCAAAAGGGGUCCUUACUCAAUAUCUGGGCCCUUGGAAGCAGCCAGUGGCCUGCCUCUCUAAGCGCCUAGAACACGGCUACUGGAUGGCCCAAUUGCUUGUGGACUCUUGCAGCUACUGCUACUCUUAUCAAGGAAACAACCAAGCUAACUUUUGGUCAACAACUUUAUGUGGGUACCUCCCACUCCCUUGAGCCUCUUUUAAACAGUCCCCCCGAAAGAUGGUUAUCAAAUGCCAGGAUCGUCCAGUAUCAGGCUUUGUUGCUGGACCCAGAUUGAAUUUGUUUCCUGCCUGCAACCUCCCUCAACCCUGCCAUGUUGCUUCCUGAUGAUAAUCCAGAUGGACCAACUCAUGAAUGCCUCGAAGUUCUCUGGACCAUCACUAACCUCAGGCCAGACCUGACCAAUGUGCCUUUGACCCAAAUGGAUGCCAUGCUUUUCACAGAUGGCAGCAGCUAUCUCCAUGAAGCCAAAGCAAAGGACAUUAGUCUAAGAUGCCCCCACUGUGCUCAGGUAAAUCCCAAAGGCAAAUCAUCUGGUGAUCCCCCUCAGCAACGACAGAGAGGACAAAAUCCAGGAGUACAUUGGGAAAUGGAUUUCACUGAGAUGGGUCCUGGACGCCAUGGAUACAAAUAUCUACUGGUCCUAGUGGAUACUUUUACGGGAUGGCCUGAGGCCUUCCCUACAAGGACUGAGUCAGCCUUGGUUGUAACAAAAAAGUUGCUGUCUGAGAUUGUGCCUCGAUUUGGUCUGCUCCUAGUAAUGGGGUCUGAUAAUGGUCCUGCUUUCAUAGCUCAAAUAACGCAAAAUUUAGCUAAGUGUUUACAGGUUGAUUGGAAGCUCCACUGUGCCUACCGGCCUCAAAGUUCUGGACAGGUAAAACAUAUAAAUAAAACCAUUAAGGACACAGUUUCCAAGACGGCUCUACAGUCUGGUAAAAACUGGGUGAGUCUCCUACCUUUUGCCCUCUUGCAUGCUCAAUGCACCCCCUACAUCCAAGGUAUUACCCCCUUUGAGGCUAUAUACAGGAGACCCCCACCUCUGGUACCCAAGCUCCACAGUGUCCAUUCUAAAACCGUACAUAACCAAGAUCUCAUUAAGUCCCUCCAGGUUCUACAGCCAGUGCUUCAAGAGGCUCAUCGCCUCUGCAGAAAACAUCAUCAACCAAACACUGAUCGGCUGGUCUCCCCACCCAUCACACAGCCCGGUUCCCUAGUCCGGGUUAAAAAGAGGGACUCUCACAACUUAGACCCCCACUGGUCAGGCCCACACACCAUCGUCCUCAGCACUCCCACCUCGAUUAAAGUUGCUGGGAAGGACGCUUAG